AUGGACCCCACAACCACCCUCCUAGAGUCCGGCUUCCCAACCAAGACCGUGCUUGCCCUUCUCGUGGUCGGUGGCCUAGCAUACUACCUCGUCGACAUCGUAGAAACAGAUUGGACGGAUAGCGUCUACGCGGCUUUUACAUCUGGCGACGAUGCCUCUUCCCUCGCAACUCCUCUCCACUUCUACAAGUCACGCGAAGAACUCCAACAUGUGCUUGACUUUCACAUCCCAGACCCCAGCGCCCCACUCAAGGAUCCGAACGUUGCCAAGUUCUUCUCGGAGCAGUUCGACAAGCUGUGCUUUGGAUGGAUGAUGACGGAAGAUGAUGCGAAGAAGGGUGUCGAAGGCAUGGAGGGUGUGCAAAUGCCCAUCACACACGGAUGUCGCUUCCGCAGUAAUGAGCCCUGUGAGGAUUACUUUGCACUGGGAACAUCACCGGGCCCAGGAGACAAGUUGUGGAAUUACUGGACGAUACUCGAUGGACAUGCAGGACGCCACACAGCCUUCUACUUGCAAUGGACACUAAUCCCCAUGGUCAGCUCCGCCCUAACCAGCCUACCCCAAUUUGCCUCAAGCCCAGAAGUCGAGUCGACAAUAAAGCGCGCCUUUCUCAACAUUGACAAAACCAUCAUGGACCGCGCCAAAACUGCCGCAAACUGGUUCCCGGCCGCAAACGGCGCCGCAAUCGCUGCCCUCACCCCAGCCUUCUCAGGCUCCUGUGCCCUCCUCGCAGCUUUCGAUCCUCAAACUUCAAAACUCCGUGUAGCAUGCACAGGCGAUUCUCGCGCUGUGCUCGGCCGGUGGGACCCCACUACGGAUUCCUACACCGCGAUACCCUUAUCAGAAGACCAAACCGGGUUCAAUGUCAAAGAAGUCGCGAGACUGAACCAAGAACACCCUGAUGAGCCAUCUGUAAUUGACCCCAAAACAGGCCGCAUGCUCGGUAUUGCAGUGACGCGGGCUUUCGGUGACCAUCGCUGGAAAUGGGACAAUGAGUUUAUCAAAGCUGUUCAGCACAAGUUCUGGGGUACCGCGCCAAGACCGGGUAGUAAAUCACCGCCGUACAUGACGGCCGAACCUGAGAUUACCGAAACGGAAAUCCUGAGACGAGAACCUGGGGAUGGGAGGGGUAAAAGCGAUUUUAUGAUCAUGGCCUCCGAUGGCCUUUGGGAUCGCAUAUCCUCUGAGCAUGCCGUGGAGUGUGUUUCCAAGUACCUAGCAGCUCGGGAGAGAGGUCGGGGGUCCGUUAAACAGGAUCCAGAAUUGCUGGCUAAUCCACCCGUCUUCCCUACUACGUUUUCCUCGCUCGAUCCCGGCGUUACCUGUGACCCUGAGCAAGGCCAGGAAGUGGAUUGGAAAGCGACGCCUGAGUACUUCGCCAUUGAGGAUGAGAAUGCAGCUGUUUGCCUCGCGAGAAAUGCCAUGGGUGGAACUAGGAGAGGCCUGUUCUUGGGAAUUCUGGCGGGCCCAGAGCCAUUGAGCCGGAAUGCUGUAGACGAUACUACGAUUAUGGUAGUUUUCUUUGAUAAACUCGGGGAGGGUAAGGGAGACGGGACGGGUGCGGCAAAAAAGAAGGCAGAGAAGAAGGAGAAGAAGUGGUGGUGGCCGUUGUAA